GCAUUGGCAGACAUCCAGUACAAUUCAAUCUUGGCAUCGGAACCGGGAACGUCGUCGGAAGAUGAGUCGCCCGGAAUCCCCCACGAAGAAGUCGACGAUGCUCGUACUGCACUGGGAGUCAGUAUUGGUCGGGAGCAGACGAGACUUGCCUUGCCCAAGACCCCGGCCGCCGAGAAGGCUGCUGCAAUUGAGAAAGCAGGCGAUUAUUUCCACGCCUUGGAUGGAUCAGCCCUGACGCUGCCAGAGAGUCCACCAGAAGAUGGUGGAGAGGACGAAGACGAGGCCCCGACAAGACCGGAGACUGUACGGCGAUGCUCGAGUCCGCCCACCACUCCGAUCAAACCUCCUUCGCCCUGGAAAGCGGGACCUAAGCAGUUUGAGACUCAACCUUCCCAGGGCGACAGGUCAAAUCGAACGAGAUCGAUAUUGCGCGAUGGAUUCUCAUUCGGCCGCAAGAGAGCGUCGUCUGGGCCUGAAGUCCAGCACAAAUCUUUGUUCCCAUCAUUCCCAUCAUUUCCGUCACUGCCAAAAAGCUUUUCGGUGGCAAACGCACUUUCGUCGUUUCGGGACGCCGACAGAUCAGAUGAUACCAAGAAUUUAUCACCAAGUCAAAGCCAGAGUACGUCGAAAAGGAGAUCGACAGUGGCCGGCACACCACCCCAGCUUCCGCAGAGCGCCAGCCUCGUCGACACUUUUGCUGGAACCCCACCCUCAUCCCAGAGUCGGACGACGCUAGUUCCGGAUUCUGAUGAGGAGGAAAAGUUGGCGACGAUAGGAGAGCUGCCAGAGAACUUGCCGCUCCGUCACACACGUUCUAGACCAGCCGUUCUUCGAAGGUCAACAUCCGAUAGCUCCCUUGUCGCAAAACGAAGUUUGUCGAUGGCCUCGUCACUAGGAGAUGACAGCAGAUUUGAGAACGUCUCUGAGCAAGUCAACAGCCGAUUUAAGGCCAUCAAAGACAGCUUCGCCGACUCAAGAAUUGGCUUCCCUAGCAUGCCUUCAAUCACGAAUUUCAACGCAUCCAAAUUCGCCCCUGACUUCCUCAGUCGUGAGCGAUCUGGAUCUUGGGCUAGCAAGACGCUGGGUUGCAAUCAAAAUUCCAGCUCCCAUCAGCCUCACCCUGUUGACCCGAUGACAAGACAGCCAUACACAUCCGCUAAGGCUGCCGUAAUGGGUGCACCUGUGGACAAAUUGAGGAACGAGCAUCCUCACUUCACUCGUGCACUCGAGAAUCUAGAAGGCGACGUUGUUGUUAUGGGCGGCUAUCGCGGUUCAAUUCUUCGCUCAGCAGAGCCCCCUCACAGACAAUUGUGGGUGCCGAUCAAGGUUGGACUGAACAUAAGAAAAGUCGAUCUCGAGGUGGGUCUAGGAGAGGAUGAUGACGAGCAAGCUACCGAGAAGGUCAUCCCAGGAGGAAUGUUGACACAUAUUGGACCCGUAGACAUCUCGAGAAGACUUCUCAAACGACUAAGGUCGUGCCAGAACGCUCGAACAGGUAAGCUGCGAGUCCAUGAGUACGGCUACGACUGGCGAUUGUCUCCUGCACACCUGAGCAGGAAGCUUUCACAGUUUAUGAAAUCGCUGCCUUGCAAUCAGCCUGGAGUGCCGAAAGACAAACGAGGCGCGACAGUCAUAGCUCAUUCGCUUGGAGGUUUGAUCACUCGACAUGCAGUGAAUCGCGAACCAGAACUCUUUGCAGGUAUUGUCUAUGCUGGUGUUCCGAGAACCUGUGUAAAUAUCCUUGGACCAUUGAGGAAUGGCGAUGAAGUGCUUCUGAGCAGCAGAGUCUUGACGGCACAGGUAAACUUCACGAUUCGGACCAGCUUCGCGCUACUUCCCUUAAGCGGCCGGUGUUUCAUCGACAAGAACACCAAAGAAGAAUACCCAGUCGACUUCUUCGACCCUCAAACUUGGAUCAACUACAGACUAUCACCCUGCAUCGCCCGUGCUCUUCCACCACGGGCACCUCCACCUAAGCCUACAGGCAUCACAGGCUACGUCAGCAACACCAUGGCCACAGCCUGGGACAACCUCCCAAUUCCAGGCCGAAAAAGCAGCAAAGCAUCCAGUGACAUGUCCGCAAUAAAGUCCGCCGCAUCAGGCAGUCUCGCAGCCCCAGAAACUUUAGACACCAAAGCACAAAGUUCCGAGGUCGCAAUGGCAAAUGGCAACAUUAACAAUGGUGGAGCAGCCGCACAGCCCGACUCCGUCCGAACAGCAGUCACAAUUCCCUACGAUCAAGCCUUGGAUUAUUUAACCCGAACUCUAAAAUCCGUCAAGAAAUUCAAGCAAGAAUUGGCUCAUAUCCCGCUGUAUCAGGAACGAAACGACUACCCUCCUGUUUCAGUCAUCUAUGGAAAAUCUACACCUACCGUCAUCGGAGCAAAAGUCGAUGGGAGGGAAGGAAUCAAACAUGCGGACGCUUAUGAUGAGUUGGCUUUUGCGAGUGGUGAUGGAGUCGUGCUCGCACGUGCAGCGAUGUUGCCGGAGGGGUAUGUGGUUGCUGCAGGUGGAGUUGUGAGUUCGAGGCGAGGACAUGUUACGCUGCUAGGAGAUUUGGAGGCUGUGGGGAGAUGUCUGAAUGCUGUGCGGGUGGAGAGGAGGAAGGGGGUUGGGUUGGGUUGGGUUAGAGAUGUGUAGCAUUUGUAAUUUUAGGACCUGAGAAUCAGAAUCGAUGGAUUGUG